AUGGCAAGCUCCGAGUCUCUCUUGCUGGUCAGUUCCCAACAAGAUUCAUUUUCCGAUUCAAGUUCCAACUCGAUCUCGGAGACAGUCCGGAGAAGACCCAUCAAAGUCUAUUUCGCUGUCUGUUCCGGUUUUCUAUUGGUCGCUUUGUACGUUGCUUUUGUCGUCACAGACGGUUCCACACCUAAAAAUGGCACAAAUGAUGAAACAAUGGCGGAGACUCGUGCUCGUUUGGCCGGCGUGUCCGAAAAGAGGGUUUGGAAUGUUUUCGAUGAUCGGAAUGGAGAAGCGUUUGCAUGGAACAACACCAUGUUGUCGUGGCAACGAACGGCAUUUCAUUUCCAGCCCGAAAAAAACUGGAUGAACGAUCCUAAUGGUCCAUUGUUCUAUAAGGGCUGGUACCAUUUCUUCUAUCAAUAUAACCCAAAUGCAGCCGUGUGGGGUGACAUUGUUUGGGGUCAUGCCGUGUCAAAGGAUCUUAUACACUGGCUUCACCUCCCCUUCGCCAUGGUUCCUGACCGAUGGUAUGAUGCUAACGGCGUUUGGACCGGUUCGGCUACUUUCCUUGACGAUGGUUCUAUUGUCAUGCUCUACACUGGUUCCACCGUCAACUUCGUCCAGGUCCAAAACCUUGCCUAUCCUGAGGACCCCAAUGAUCCACUUUUGUUGAAAUGGACUAAGUUCUCUGGCAACCCGGUUCUCGAACCCCCUCCGGGUAUCGGUGCUAAGGACUUCCGUGACCCAACAACUGCGUGGAAGACAUCAGCUGGCAAAUGGCGGAUCACUAUUGGCUCCAAAGUCAAUAGAACAGGAAUAUCUUUGGUUUAUGACACAGUCGAUUUCAAGACCUACGAGAAACACGAUAUACUGUUGCACCAAGUCCCAAACACAGGAAUGUGGGAGUGUGUUGACUUUUAUCCAGUCUCAAAGACUAAACACCAUGGUCUUGACACUUCGGUUAAUGGACCGGACGUUAAGCAUAUCGUGAAGGCUAGCAUGGACGAUACUAGAAUUGACCAUUAUGCCAUUGGGACAUACCAUGAUUCUAAUGGAACAUGGGUCCCGGAUAAUCCUUCGAUCGAUGUCGGGAUCAGUACCGGUUUGAGAUACGAUUACGGUAAAUUUUAUGCAUCCAAGACAUUUUACGAUCAACAUAAGGAACGGAGAAUCUUAUGGGGUUGGAUUGGUGAAUCUGAUAGCGAAGCAGCUGAUGUACAGAAGGGUUGGUCUUCUGUUCAGGGAGUCCCGAGAACUGUUCUCUUGGACACAAAGACGGGGAAGAACUUAAUCCAGUGGCCAGUUAAGGAAAUCAAAUCUCUAAGAUUAACAAGCAGGAAGUUCCAAAAGAAGGUUAGACCAGGGACAGUGGUACCGGUCGAUGUUGGUCCCGCCAGUCAGCUAGACAUAGAGGCUGAGUUCAAGAUCAAAAAGGACGAUCUCGAAGUAAUCUUUGGAGAUGACUCUGUGGAGGACGACAAGGAAUUCAGUUGUGGAAGUAGCGGUGGAGCCACCGUACGUGGGGCUUUAGGACCUUUUGGAUUCUCUGUUCUUGCUGACGAAAGCUUGUCGGAACAAACUCCGGUUUACUUCUAUGUGACUAAGGGGAAAGACUCUAAACUCAAGACUUUCUUCUGCACUGACACCUCAAGGUCGACCAUGGCAAACGAUGUUGUGAAACCAGUAUACGGAAGCUUCGUACCUGUCCUAAAAAGAGAGAAAUUGACCAUGAGAAUCUUGGUGGAUCAUUCGAUAGUAGAAGCAUUUGGACAAGGUGGAAGAACAUGUAUUACUUCAAGGGUAUAUCCAACAAAAGCCAUCUAUGGAGCUGCGAAGCUAUUCUUGUUCAAUAACGCCAUUGAUGCGACUGUCGAGGCGUCUUUUAAGGUCUGGCAAAUGAACAGCGCUUUUAUUCGUCCUUACUCCACUGCGGACGAUCUCGGUGGUUCUUCUAGCACCUGA